AUGACGGUGGUGGAGGCCGACGGCAACUUCGUGGACCCGUUCGCCGCCGACGACAUCGACAGCUACUCCGUCCUCCUGACGACGGACCAGGACCCGUCGUCCAACUACUGGGUCAGCGUCGGCGUGCGCGGCCGGCCGCCGAAGACGGCGCCGGCGCUGGCCGUGCUCAACUACCGCCCGAACUGCGCGUCCAAGCUGCCGGCGCUCGCGCCGCCGGCCACCCCGGCGUGGGACGACUACGAGCACAGCAAGGCGUUCACCUACCGCAUCCGCGCGCGCGCCGGCACGGCGGACCGCCGCAUCGAGCUGCUCAACACGCAGAACCGGAUGGACGGGCGCACCAAGUGGUCCAUCAACAACGUGUUCAUUGUGCUGCCGGCGACGCCGUACCUGGGGUCCCUGAAGCUGGGGCUCAAGCAGGCGCUCGCGGCGGCGCGGCCGGCGGAGACGUUCAGCCGCGGGUACGACGUGCGGCGGCCGCCGGCGAACCCGAAAAAGACGGCGGGGGGCAACGUGUACGUGCUGGCGCACAACGCCACCGUGGACGUGCGUGGUGCUCCAGAACGCCAACGCGCUGGCGCGCAACGUGAACCGGAUGGACGUUUGCAAUGUUUGUUAAUUUUUAAUGGCUAGUGCUCUCGUUAAUUUAUAUGGAUUUAAAUCUCGGCGAAUAGCUGUUUGCUCUUCCUGUGCAGUUAGUGUUCUUAUCCCCUGCGCCCCAAAUGUUCGAUGAAUUGUGUUAGUGCUCGGCUGGUACUACAACCCUUUUUGUUGUGUUCAUUGGUUGGACACUUCUUGUUGGGCUGCUACCUAAUUUAAAAUUUUGAUUAAAUUCAUGUAGAAGCUCUUUUUUGGGCCAAAUUGUUGUAUUGGUAGAUAGUUUGUUUACUUAAAUGCUACAGCUUCAAACCUGGAUGGUGUUUGCUUUAGCUUAUGAAAUAGUGUUUGCCAUUUCUAUUCAUAUAAUUUUUUUUCCCUAUGUGCCCUUUCUGUUUUGUAUAUGAUUGCUCCAUUUUCAUAAGAAUUAUGCACCUUUCUGUUGGUGUAUCAAUUUCUGCACAGAUCAAGGACUGAUUUCUUUCAUUCAUUUGCGUGCACAAGGAUUGCCUCACACCUUGCCGAGGAAACAGAAGUGAGGCAAGUAAACUAUCAAGGUCCGGCGUAUCAAAAUAAGAUGCUCAUGUGGCUUCACUGCACUAAUGUAUGUUGAAUUUUGGUGUGAGGAACAAUUCAACAGGAUGGCAAUAGGACGUCCAGAUUUUUCACGUGAAGAGUGCUACCACCACAUGUUGGUUUGUUGAUUGCUGCAUUACUCGCAUAAACGAACCCCUUCUACCUCGAUAUCCAUGCCUCCUCUAAUGUGCGCCACAGGAUUCCUCGACACUCUGCUCCAUCUACUGCUUCCAGUGCACGCAGAGUGUGCAAGGCAUGUAUGCUUCUCCAGAGAUCGGCAGGUGGGAAGACUGAAACUAGAGAAGGCUAUUCUUAGACAAGCAAAAAGUAUUGCUAGAGACUUAGUGGAUUUGGUUGUGAUGUAUAUAUAUUGAGUAAGAGGGAUUUUUGUCGUUACUGUGUGGGAUGAAAUGAGUGGCCAGAAGCUACAUUGUGUGUACAUAUUCAUAUUUAUGUAAAUAGAUGAAGUAGCUAGAAGCUACAUUUAUGUUACGCAUUGGUAUUUGUAAUCAAUACGAUGCAUUUUUUAUUCUAAUUUUAUUUUUUUA